UUUUCGUCUUUUUGUUUCAUUGGCCCAUCAGAUAGACACGUUUGUAAAUCCUCUGAAGAGCUCAAUGAGGAACGUGUCCAAUGCGGUGAAGGCCCUGCCGGACAGUCUGGCUGAAGGAAUGACCAAGGUAUCUGAUAACAUGGGCCGCAUGUCAGAAAGACUGGGCCAGGACAUUAAACAGUCCAUACUGAAGGUGCCUCCACUCCUCCCCAAGUCAGACAUCGACCCUGAACACUGUCGAGUCUCCGCCCAGCUCGAUGACAACGUGGACGAUAACAUCCCAUUGAGGGUAAUGCUGCUGCUGAUGGAUGAAGUGUUUGACUUGAAGGAGAAAAAUCAGUGGCUGCGCAGGAACAUUAAGAACCUGCUGCAGCAGCUCAUCAGAGCGACAUAUGGAGACACCAUCAACAGGUCAGAGACACUAGGAUAUGUAUUAUAUAUCCACAGGUACAGCAAGUCCAAAAAUAUAUCUACAAUUCAUUCAUGGAUCAUUUAUUAAGUUGACUAUAAAAGUGUUUCUACCCUUAUCAAGCUUU